CCUUUUUCGUAUAAGUGACGAGGGGGUGGCGUAGGUGUCGUAGAGGAAUUCCAUGCACUUUUUGAUCGCGCAACGCAAUUGCACUCUGGGUUGAAUUGCAUCCGCAAUUUUGUCUAGCGUGGAGCGCGAUCCACAUCUCUGGAACUCUCGAUCGAGCCCUUUCGCGUAUUGUUUGGUGCUCAGAUCACGAUUCCGUGCCCUGAUGUUGCGUUGAAAACCCUCGACAGAUUGCUCGAAUCCGCUCCAGUGAACUGCCCGAGCGCACCAUUGCGAUUCAGGGUUGUGCCAGUAGCUUAGUUGGGUGAUUUAAGAGGGCUAGGCAAGAUGAACGACUUGGAGGUCUCGAAGCAGGUGCAGCAGUUGGUGCAGUUUAUCCGCCAGGAAGCGGAGGAGAAGGCUAAUGAGAUUUCAGUUUCGGCUGAGGAGGAAUUCAACAUUGAGAAGCUACAGAUUGUGGAAGCUGAAAAAAAGAAGAUCCGACAGGAGUUCGAGCGCAAGGAGAAGCAAGUGGAAGUUCGUCGUAAAAUUGAGUAUUCCACACAAUUGAAUGCCUCUCGGUUGAAGCUCCUGCAAGCACAGGAUGAUUUGGUUCGUAAGAUGAAAGAGGCCGCUGAGAAGCAGCUCCAGAUGGUUGGAUCCAGUGAUAAUGAGGACUAUCCCAAACUUCUCGAAGCGCUUAUCAUCCAAGGCUUGUUGAGGCUGAAAGAGCACUCAACACAGCUGCGGUGCCGUGAGCAAGAUCUUGAGAUAGUUCAGUCAGUGAUCGGAUCAACGAAGCAGGCAUAUGCAGAGAAACUGAAUGUCGAUGUACCGGAGGUGUUUGUCGACGAGGAGCAUUUCCUUCCUGGGCCACCAGGGUCAUCUAACCACGGCUCCUCCUGGUAUCAAUCCCUCCCUUUCAUCCGAAUUUUAGCAGAGUGGUAUUGUGUGAAUUCAGAUUACAUGAAUGUGCUUAGUACAUUAGAACACGGAAAUUUCGAUCAUACAAAUUCCUGAACUUGUGUCUUCAACCGAAGCUUCAUCAUCCUAGUAGGAGCUAAUUGUCCUCAUGCUAUGAGGGAUGCGUGUUGACCUAUUGCGUCUGGUUUAUCUCUAAGUUUUUGAAGAUGAUAAGUCGUGACGGCUGUGAUCCCAUGCAAUGAAAAUUCAUUGAAGCA